AUGCUCUCCUCCCCCCAGACGGGCACGUUCCGGAUCGUGUCGGAGGAGGAGCAGGCACUGCGCUCCAAGCUGGAGCGCCUCACCACCAAGGACCACGGCCCUGUCUUUGGGAGGUGCGAGAAGAUCCCCCCACACACCCUGCAGAAGGCAAAGGACGAGCUGAACGAGACGGAGGAGAAGAGGGAGGUGGCGGUGAAGGCGCUGCGGGAGCUGGUGCAGGAGCGGGCGGGCGGCGAGGACGUUUGCCAGAAGGUGGCCGAGAAGGUGCAGGAGAGGGAUGACUCCUUCUUGCUCCGCUUCAUCCGCGCUCGCAAGUUCGAUGUCCACAGAGCCUAUGACCUGCUGAAAGGCUAUGUGAACUUCCGGCAGCAGUACCCCGAGCUGUUUGACAACCUGAGCCCCGAGGCCGUGCGCAGCACCAUCGAGGCCGGCUACCCCGGCAUCCUGGCCAGCAGGGACAAGUACGGCCGCGUGGUGAUGCUCUUCAACAUCGAGAACUGGGAUUACGAGGAGAUCACCUUCGAUGAGAUCCUUCGUGCCUAUUGUAUUAUCUUGGAGAAGCUGCUGGAGAACGAGGAGACCCAGAUCAAUGGGUUCUGCAUCAUUGAGAACUUCAAGGGCUUCACCAUGCAGCAGGCAUCAGGGAUCAAACCCUCCGAGCUCAAGAAGAUGGUGGACAUGCUGCAGGACUCUUUCCCAGCACGGUUCAAGGCCGUCCACUUCAUCCACCAGCCUUGGUACUUCACCACCACCUACAACGUGGUCAAACCGUUCCUGAAGAGCAAACUGCUGGAGAGGGUCUUUGUGCACGGUGAGGAGCUGGAAUCCUUCUACCAGGAGAUCGAUGCUGACAUCUUGCCAGCAGACUUUGGUGGCAACCUGCCCAAGUACGAUGGCAAAGCAACUGCAGAGAAGCUCUUUGGGCCUCGCAUCGAGUCUGAGGACACGGCUCUCUAA